UCACUCUCUGGGACAAAAACCAUUGUGUAGCUCUUAUUUCAAUAUUUCACAAACUUCCUUUAUUUAGAAUAACAGCGCUUAUAUUGCAGAAUGCAGAGGCUGCAAAAACGCAAUGAUUUUACAUUGACUUCAUAGUAAACAGCAUGCCAGCUCAGCACAUUUUUACUACGGAAGUAAAACAGGUAGUAAUUAUGAUGUCACAGAUCAUAAUUAAAUUCAUCAUGCUCUUAAAUGCUGUAUUGAUCUGAAUUGCUUUUAAAAUGGGUGUAACUCUGCAUCAUUUAGUGAGCAUUUCUUUAUUAGUCACUCACUGCAUGUACAUGUAAGACAUUAAUGGCUACUUUUGAGCAAGGAACUAUAGAGCAAUCUUCCCUUCAUGAAACUCCUGCACCAGAUGCCAGCAGAGAUGCCGCUGAAGCCAUACCACUCGUGACAAGUAAUCACAAGAAAUAUGGCAAGAAAAAAAGUGUGCUGAUCAAGUCAAAGGCUGCAGUAAUGAUCUUUAUUUGGACUGCUUUAAUGUCUAUUGUGUACGGCACCUUUCUGAUUCCUGAAAACUAUUUCUUACUCGAUUUCCUCUUGAGAAAUUAUAACAUUAUUACUGUAACGUCACCAUUAAAAGUUAGCUAUCUCACCAAUGGGGUGACAGGUAGUUGUAUAUAUGCUGUAUUUGCUUUCGGGCUCCUCUUCUAUCCUCUAGCUGGAUACUUGGCAGAUGUUCGAUAUGGAAGAUAUAAAGUUGUGAGAUGUAGUGUGUGUACCAUGUGGUGUGGACUCUUGACUGUGGCUGUUAUCGGUGUCAUUGUAAAUGCUAUUAUGGUACCAAUUUUGAUACAUUUACCUUACCCCAAUUUCAUCAUUUCAGUGGGAGUAGUGAAUGGUGCUCUUGGACUUCUUUUUUUUAUACUCUUAUGGAUUGCAUUUGCUGGAUUUUUAGCCAAUGUUAUUCAGUUUGGGGUUGACCAAUUAAAUGAUUCUCCUUCUAAAGACAGCUUUCUCUUCAUUCACUGGUUUCUCUUCACACUCUAUAUUGGAAUAAGCUUUGGAAAACUGAUAUGGAGUGCAGUUAGUGCUACUGGUUUCUUAAGCCUUUUUAUAUUUGGACUUAUCCUGUUAGUUGAGCUGAUUUGUGUACCAGUAACUUUCUGUGUUGCUAAGCGUAGGUGGUUUGUUACUGACACUGGCAUUGGUAACCCUUACAAAGAGGUUGCACGAGUUGUCGGCUUUGCAAGAAGAAACAAGAUUCCUAUUCAACGCAGUGCCUUUACAUUCUGGGAGGAUGACAUACCCACUGGACUGGAUCUAGGCAAGGACAAGUAUGGAGGACCAUUCACUACUGAGCAGGUGGAGAAUGUGAAAUCAUUUUUUGGAAUUGUUUUUAUUUUUCUUGCACUAGGACUAUUUUUUAUGGCCGAUAUUGCUGCAGAACCCUUUCUUAAUAUACUGAAAGAUCACAUGGAUACAGAGACGGAGGCUAAUUUUUACUCCAUAUUCGCUAAUGGUACCACUCUUUACCCUGUGUUUCUCGUUGUUUUUGUUCCCAUUUUUCUCAAGUUUAUUCAUCCUCUGUUACAAAAGUGCUUCCCUGGUAUUCUGAGGCGAAUUGGAAUUGGUCUUUGUCUUAUCACUGUUAGUCUGUUUUGCUCACUUUUUGUUGAUACAAUUGGUCACUGUCUUCCUGGUGGCCAGAAUGCUACUUCAGUGUUUGCUCCUGUCAAGAUUAUCUAUGAACGUGGCCGAUUUGUAUUUGAUCAAACCCUUCAUCUCAGCCCUUACUUUCUCUUUAUUCAGCAAGUCCUUGUUGCUGUGGCCUAUGUAUUUAUCUAUGGUGGAGUGUUUGAAUUCAUCUGUGCUCAAAGCCCUCACUCUAUGAAAGGAUUUCUCAUCGGAAUUUUUUUUGCCAUUAAAGGACUUUUUCAGUUGAUUGGUGUUCUUGGAAUUCUUUUACCGUUUAGUUUCUGGCAGACCUCCCCUAAAGCUGGACUGGUUUAUUUCCUGGUGAACAUUGUGAUCUCAGUCGCAGGUGUUGUGGCUUUCAUAGUGGCAGCAAAGAGGUAUCAUGAACUUUGUAAUGUAAGAAAAUAUAUUGAAGAAGUUUACGAGAAGGAUGUUCGUCACAAUGUUGAUUUUGAAGAUUUGGACGUUCACUUUCAGAGUGGUCCUGAUACAGAGACUGAGUGUUAAUAGUUUAAGCUGUCUAAGCCAUUUUUUGUGUAAUUAUUAUAUCGAUUGCUAUCCACUGUAUGUUUGUAUUGAUGAUAAACUUUUUGCUUUAGGACAUUGGAUAAUAUAAUUGCUCCAAUUUUGGGUAUGUACAUAAGCACCAACAAUAAAGGCAAUUGUCUAGAUACUCUAAUUCC